CUUUGACAAUAAAUUGUUUAAACUUCUAUACAAACCCCAUAUGGCAAUACUGCUUCUUUUGUUUGCUCUGCCUUUCAUUCUAUCCUCUCCAUUAUUGUCUUCAGCAUCUGAUAGCCUUACCAAAGGCUCAUCUUUAUCAGUCGACAAAGCAAACGAUGUUUUGAUUUCACGGAGUAACACUUUCGUCGCUGGAUUUUUUCCCGUCGGAGACAAUGCUUACUGCUUUGCCAUAUGGUUUGAUGAACCUUUCUGCAACAAAAACUGCACCGUAGUUUGGAUGGCAAACCGUGACCAGCCAGUUAAUGGGAAACAUUCAGAGCUCUCUCUGCUAAAAUCUGGUAAUCUUAUCUUAAAAGAUGCUGGUCGAGUUACAGUUUGGGCAACGGACACAGUUUCAGAAUCUUCAGUGCAACUAUACCUUCAGGACAGCGGCAAUCUUGUACUGCAGAGCUUGGAAGGUGAUUUACUUUGGCAAAGCUUCGAUUUCCCCACCGACACUCUCCUUCCGCUUCAGCCACUGAGCAAAGACAGGAAGCUUGUGUCCUCAAGGAGUCAAAGCAACUAUAGUUCAGGAUUCUAUAAGCUUUACUUCGACACUGAUAACGUUCUCCAUCUUCUUUAUGCUGGUCCUGAUUUUUCAAGCAUUUAUUGGCCAGAUCCUGAAGUAUCUAUCUUUGACUCUGGGAGAACUACUUACAAUAACAGUAGAAUAGCUCAUUUUGAUCCUUUGGGCAAUUUCAGUUCAUCAGAUAAGUUCUUUUUUAAGUCAGCAGAUUAUGGAGCGAACCUCCAAAGAAGAUUCACAAUGGAUAGCGAUGGAAAUAUUCGAUUGUACAGUCGGGAAGACAAGGGAGGCAAAUGGACUGUUUCAUGGCAGGCCAUAUCUCAACCAUGCAAGAUUCACGGCAUCUGUGGACCAAAUAGUUUAUGCAACUAUGUUCCUAGUUCUGGGAGGAAAUGUUCCUGCCUUCAGGGAUUCAAGACGAAGGAUGUAAAUGACUGGUCUUUGGGUUGUGAGCCAGAAUUCAAUCUUUCUUGUUCAACAACUGAGAUCACUUUUCUUCGACUGACUCAUGCUGAUUUUUACGGGUAUGACAAUCGUUUCUAUCGGAAUUACACCUUAGAUAUGUGUAAAAAUGCAUGCUCCAAAAGAUGUGAUUGCAAAGGGUUCCAAUUCAAGUUCAUCAAGCCUGGUUAUCCUAAUAACAAUCCUUAUUGUUUUGUGAAGAUCCUGUUGCUAAACGGGUAUCGUUCACAGAAUUUUGAAGGAGAUAUUUACUUGAAAGUGCCGAAAGCAAGUCACUUCUACUCUCAGCCUAUGGAAGAAUCCAGGACGUUAGAUUGCUCAGGUGAAAUUGCCAAGCUACUAAACAGAGUGUAUACAAAAAGCCAAGAAAACGAAACACUAAAGUAUAUGCUUUGGUUUGCUUCGAUAAUUGGAGCAAUUGAAUUCAUUGGUAUUUUCUUGGUAUGGUGUUUGUUGAUCAGAAUCCACCAGAACUCAGGUGCAGUUGAGCAAGAUUACGUUCAAGCUGCAACAGGCUUUAGAAAAUUCACCUACGCCGAGCUGGAAAAGGCAACCAGGGGUUUCAGCGAAGAAAUUGGAAGAGGAGCAGGAGGAAUUGUUUACAAAGGAGUACUAUCUGAUCAUAGAGUUGCAGCAGUAAAGAGAUUGAUUAAUGAAGCUAACCAAGGCGACGCACAAUUCCGAGCGGAAGUUAGUGUGAUUGGGAAACUUAAUCACAUGAACCUGAUAGAGAUGUGGGGAUACUGUGCAGAGAGAAAUCACAGGCUUUUGGUUUGCAAGUACAUAGAGCACAGAUCCUUGGCAGAAAACCUCUCAUCUAAUUCACUUGAUUGGGAAAAGAGGUUUAAUAUUGCCUUGGGUACAGCCAAGGGCCUUUGCUAUUUACAUGAGGAGUGCUUAGAGUGGGUUCUACACUGUGAUGUAAAGCCUCAAAACAUUCUGCUUGACUGUGAUUACCAGCCAAAGGUGUCAGACUUUGGCCUGUCUCAUCCACUGAAAAGAGAUAGCCAUGGAAUUUCAAGGCUUUCAAGGAUAAGAGGAACUAGGGGUUACAUUGCUCCGGAGUGGGUUUUGAGUCUACCCAUCACCUCCAAAGUGGAUGUUUAUAGCUAUGGAAUGGUCUUGCUGGAGAUGAUAACUGGAAAGAGCCCAACAGCAGAUAUAGAAGACAAAAGGCUGGUUACAUGGGUAAAAGAAAAGAUUAAAGCAGCUACAGCUAUUGUGGACCCCAAGUUGGAAGGAAACUACGAUAAGACCCAGAUGAAAAUUCUUGUUCAGGUGGCUCUAGAUUGUGUAAAUGAAGACAAAGAUGCAAGACCCACCAUGAGAAGAGUAGUUGAGAUGCUUUUGCAAAAUGAAAUGAAUCACUUCUGUUUGGUUUAACGGUAGCUGAUAGCCAAUAAUUACUCUGAAAGGAGACAAAUAGUUAAUUUUAUUUAAUUGUUCUAAAUUUUUAGAAGGGAAAUAAUUAAGAGGGCUAACGGUUAAUAAGUUGUACUUUUGGU